GAUAAUAUGGUCGUGCACAACAUGUUCCGCAGAUUGUUGAAAAGAUAGAGAGGAAGGCAAAGAAAGGAGGCCAACAAAUAAACUGGAUGAUCAUGCAUCAAGCUUUUAUACACAGAUGGAAUGAUAGGCAUUUUUGUAUUGUCAACCAAAUUGAACCAACUCCUCGGGAAUCAGAUUACUACACUUGGUAUUGGGACAUAACCCGAAGAUGGAUACUUCAUUCGACCACAAUACCGGUUGAGUCGCAAAGAGGAUAUGUGCCCCGGGGUAUAGAUGAGAGAGAAUUAGUAUCAGCAAUAGAUGAAGUUCAAACUCUUGCAAAUCGUGGCUUGGAAUUGGCUCGAGCAGGUAGAAAUCCCGAAACACAUGAACAUGUAUCAAUAUAUCAGGCUAUAAUGCAGAGGCUUCAACAAGCCUUACACCGAACUCACGAAGAUCGUCAUGAUGGACGGGAGGUAAGGUCAUUCGUAUAUACACGACAACAGCGACAAAGUCGAGGACGACGCAGAAAUAACGAUGAAGCUGGACCUUCCCAACGUGUCGACGAUGGAGCUGGACCGUCACAACCACAAACGCAACCGGAUCACGAACUCGUCGAAGGGCGGUAUGGAGGACGACGAAGACAAAGGAGGAGGAGGAGAGUUCUUGGAUGUAUGUAAACUACAGGUUAUAUACAUUACAAAACUAUUUAGGGAUGUGAUUUUUGGAUUUGUAGUCGAUAAUAUCGUGUGAUAUGUUUGAUUUCUAAGUGGGUUUGUGGUGUUAUUAUGUUGGAUUUGUUAGUGGGAGUUUGUGGUGUUAUUAUGUUGGAUUUGUUAGUGGGAGUUUGUGGUGUGAUGUGAUUUGUUUGAUUUGAAAUGAGUAUGUGGUGAAAUCAGUAUGUAAUUUGUUAGUGGGAGUUUGUGUGGA